GCAGCUGUUCAACACUCAUGGCUUGAGGAUGAGACUUAUAGAGGUCUGACAAUGUGAUAAACACUCUGGGUCUAUGGAAGUGGAAAUCUGGGUUCACUACUGACCUAGGAGUUACGGCUGUGUUCUAGAAUACAGUAGCCUAUUUGUCAGAUAUUCUCUUCUGAGUCAUUGAAUCAGUAGAAACACAUCUAUCUCGCUCUUUCCCCUCUCGUCUGUCUCUUUCCCUCUGCUUACUGGGAAUCAAUAGUUCAAUCAACCAACUUUAGACACUAACCGGACAACACGUUCAGCUGUGUGUUCAAGUUGUCAGAACUGCUGAUAUGCAUUUCUGACUGAUGUUUGCAGAUGUCACAUCUGUAUCCAAGAUGGCGUAGCAGUAAGUCGUCCUGUCGUGUCGUGUCCCCUGUAUAUAUCGUUUCUUUUUCGUUUUUUACAUAUUUUUCUUCGCAUAUCUCUUUAAAAACUUUUUGCUAAACCUAAGCUUCCAAAUAAAUACUCUCCUGCAACCCGCCUCACCCAAUGUAGCUAUUUUUCCUAAAGUAUUUAUAUUUACUUCGGAACCGGAACCCCUCAACUGAAGCUAGCCAGCUAACCACCAGCCAUGCUAGCGGUCUUCAGCUAACCGGUCAUCAGCUAACCUUCAGACCGGAAAGCUCUCGCCAGUUCGAACAACGCGACUCUAACCAGAGCAUAACGGAUCUAUUUAUUUUUCAUCCCCGGAUUCCCACCGCAAACAGAAAAUUUUUCAGCUGGAUCUUCACAACUAGCUAUCUAGCUAUCUACGAACUGUUAGCUUGCUAGCACAGGCCUGCUAACCGUCUGAAUCGCCGCGUCCCAAACACCCAUAUUUACUUUCUAUCUCUUUUUGAUUUUUAAUUUGUUUAUACCUUCCGGAAACCUGCCUCACCCAAUGUGAUACGGAAUCGCAUUUUUUUUUUUUAUAACACACUCAAGAACCUCCAGAAUCCAACCAGCUAACUAGCUACAAGCUAUUUAGUCAUUGUUAGUUUUUUUUUUAACCUGGAUAACACUCGCCAGUCCAGCUUCCCUGCCCCAUCCACCGCUGCCCCCUGGACACUGAUCUCUUGGCCACAUAGCUGAUGCACGCUGGACUGUCCAUUAAUCACGAGAUGGCUGGGAUCUUCCCCCAGGACCCAGCCCUGCCCAUCGGCUCCACCCUCACUGCCACAUGUUCAGUCAGCCCUGAUCUGGGCCUCCACGCCAGCUCUCUGUUCUGGAGCCUGAAUGGCCGCCGGCUGCCCAGCUCUUCUUACAGCGUGUUGAGCCCUACGGCCCUCAGUGUCACCCUGCCGGGCUUGCCAGCCUCUAGGCAGAGGUCAGGGGACAACCUGGUGUGUCACAACCAUGGAGGACAUGUUCUAGCCGGGUCCUGCCUCUACAUUGGGAUGCCUCCAGUGAAGCCAAUCAACUUAACCUGCUGGUCCAGAAACACCAAAGACCUGACCUGUCGAUGGGCACCGGGAGGACAGGGAGAGACAUUCAUCAAGACCAAAUACACACUCAAAUACAAACUCAGGUGGUAUGGCAGAGAGAGAGAAUGUGAGGAGUACAGUGCUGCCCAGCCAUACUCUUGCUACAUACCUCGUGACCUCGCCCUCUUCACGCCCUACGAGAUCUGGGUGGAAGCCACCAAUCAGCUCGGCUCAGCCACCUCUGAUGUCAUAACCCUGGAUAUCCUAGACGUGGUAACGACGGACCCGCCGUCAGGUGUGAGUGUGAGUCGUGUGGGUGACCUGGAGGACCAUCUGAGUGUUCGAUGGGAGUCUCCCCCAGCUCUCAAAGACUUCCUGUUCCAGGCCAAGUACCAGAUACGCUACCGGCUGGAGGACAACUCAGACUGGAAGGUCAUGGAUGACGUUGGGAACCAGACAUCAUGUCGUCUGGCAGGCCUGAGACCGGGUACUGUGUAUUUUGUCCAGGUACGCUGUAACCCAGUAGGGAUCUUUGGGUCUCGUAGGGCUGGUAUCUGGAGUGAAUGGAGCCAUCCUACUGCUGCUUCUACACCUCAUAGUGAGCGUGUAUUAUCAGGUUCGUGUGACUCCAAGUCUGGAGACUCCAAUUCUACGUUACGUCGAGAGCUGAAGCAGUUCUUCGGCUGGGUACGGAAUCAUGCGUAUGGCUGCGGCGGCAUGUCAAUCAAACUCUACGACCAAUGGAGAGUCUGGAUGCAGAAGAGCCACAAAACACGCAACCAGGUCCUACAAGGGGAUAAGUCAUAGUACGCAUCCCCCCUGCCUUUAAACAACCAGCAACAAAGUCAAGACAACAUCAUGUGUGUGAAAAAUGGUUUCCCCGAAAUGCUGUGGUUUUGCAAACACCAUUCAGCGAUGGAAGAAGGGGGCAUAAGUACAAUUUUGGGGACAGUGUCUCUACAACAGCAGCCCUAGGCUAUGCUGUAAUUAUUUAACAAGACAUGGAGGAAUAAGAAGUUGAGGAAUAGUGAUCUUCUUCUUACUGUGGAAAUACUGGCAGCUCUGAAAAGCUAGAGAUCCACAGCACCCUCUAGUGGAAGCUAACAUACUGGGAGGAACAGUUGAGACGGAGGACCAGAGUAAUGUUUCUAGUCACAUCCCAGUCUUAAACCAUGACGACCCAAUCGGAACUGUCUGUGACCCAAUAUUUGGGAACCCUGGUCUGCAAUGGGGGGUGGGGGCACCGUUACAAGACUAUAGACUGACAUUGUUGUCUGUAUCAGUGUGGAGAUCUGUCUUAAUAAUAAGUAGGGUCAGGAGUUUUUCCUGAUCAUACGGCCCUGCCCAGGAACACCUCCUGACCAUGAUGCUAAUGUUUACCUGUGGAGGCAGUUCACCAUCUAUAUUUUUGUACUAUCAUAGUCUUAUUUAAACUAUUAUGUUUUGUGAGUAAGUUAUGUUCGGUUAGUGAUCAUGUUAUUGACUUAAUUAUGAAUUAUAGUUUUGUUUGAAAGAG